AUUAAGUGCAGUUACCUUGCCAACAUGAAAGUCUUGAUUUUGGUUUGUCUAGUAGCGUCAGUUGCUUGCCAUAUGGUUGGUCAAAAUGGCCAUGGUGUUCAUAGACAUAGGGUUCGCCCAGUAGUAGCUCGGGCUAACGGCGGUAGACACGUACAACGAGUUAAUACUCGCGUUGUAGUGGGAGGUCAACAUAACGCUCAAUCUAGUAAUGAUAAAGGAGAUAAUCAAAUUGUCAUUAUCGAAAGGCCAUCUGUCGUCAGAAGCCCUCUAUAUCCUAAUGAAGCAUACAACACACACAAUCAUGAGGGACCAAUGAACAACCAUGCUGAAGAACACAUUCGUAUAGUCGAAAUGAACCCUUUUGUUUAUCAACAACCACCAAAACAACAGUUUUCACUCGGAAACUCGGGACAUAUGGUUUAUAGUUCUGUUGACUCGUUUGAACAAGAUGAUGGUAUCAAGUCCAAGAGAAUGGCCACUUACUGAAAAAAAUUAAUAUUAAAUUUUUAAAUAUUUGUAAUGAAUAAUAUUGUUAAAUAAAAAUUAUGUUAUGUU